AUGUUGUUUCCUCGAAUUUUAAUUCUCUUAACGAGUGUAUCAUUAAUCGAAUGCAAAAGAAAAUACCAAAAAGAAGAUUUAGCAUCACUAAAAGAAGAAGUACGCUCUAUGUUUGACUACGCUUACUCAAGCUACCUAAACUACGCGUAUCCUUAUGACGAGCUUCGAUCCCUCAGCUGUGAUGGUUACGACACUUGGGGAAGUUUCUCCCUGACUUUAAUAGACGCCUUGGACACCCUAGCAGUAAUAGGAAACUUCAGUGAGUUCCGUCGCAUCGCCAACAUCAUCAGCACAAGAAAUAAUUUUGAAGCCAACAUAAAUGUUUCUGUCUUUGAAACAAACAUAAGAGUAGUCGGUGGGCUCUUGAGUGCUCACUUACUGAUAAAAAAGGCCGGAAUGACCCUACCACCCGGAUGGCCAUGCAACGGGCCAUUGUUACGUCUCGCUGAAGACAUGGCGAAGAGAUUAAUCGUAGCUUUUGACACGCCAACCGGGAUGCCUUACGGUACAGUAAAUUUAAAAUACGGCGUUCCAAGUGGAGAAACAACCAUAACAUGUACUGCUGGGAUCGGUACAUUUUUACUCGAAUUCAGUACAUUGUCAAGACUGACCGGUGAUCCUCUGUACGAAGAAGUGGCAAUGAAUGCCGUUAAAGCGCUGCGUUAUUACAGGUCAAAAAUAGGCCUUGUUGGUAAUCACAUUGACAUUCUAACCGGUCAGUGGACAGCACGAGACUCCGGUAUAGGAGCAGGAGUUGAUUCUUACUUUGAAUAUCUAGCCAAAGGGACACUUUUGCUCCAAAAUCCCGUAUUAGCAGAAAUAUUCCAUGAUUACAGAGCAGCGAUUGAAAAAUACAUUCGCAGAGAAGAUUGGCAUCUUUGGGUAUCAAUGACUGAGGGGCAUGUUACUCUUCCUGUGUUUCAAUCUUUAGACGCUUAUUGGCCCGGAGUAUUGAGUCUCUUUGGAGAAACAAAUGAUGCUAUGAAAUCAAUUCAUAAUUACCAUCAAGUUUGGAAGCAGUUUGGUUUCACGCCGGAGUUUUAUAAUAUUGCUCAAGCUGAAGCUGGGACUAAUCGAGAAAGCUAUCCGUUACGUCCAGAACUUAUUGAGUCGGUGAUGUAUCUUUACAGAGCUACCAAAGAUCCUUACUUGAUUCAGGUUGGCGUUGAUAUUCUUAAAAGUUUGCAACACAGUGCAAGGACCAAGUGUGGCUAUGCAACUAUUAAUGAUGUUAGAGAUCACAAAAAGUCUGAUCGGAUGGAAUCUUUUUUUUUGGCUGAAACUACUAAGUAUUUGUAUCUUCUUUUUGAUCCGGAUAAUUUUAUACAUGCCAAUGGACAAACUGGGGAAAUUGUUAAAACUCAGUGGACUGAGUGUGUUGUUGGGGCUGGUGGGUAUAUUUUUAAUACCGAAGCUCAUCCUAUUGAUCCUGGAGCGCUGGCUUGUUGCAAACCUUUUAAAAGUUUCUUCUCGAAAAAAUCUAAUUUGGAAAAACUUACUGACUAUCGGGCUAAAGUUAAGGAGGUUAAAUUGAAAAAUGUAACGAGUGAAGAUAGUUUGGAAGGAAUUUAUAAAAAUGAAAAUUUUAAUAAAAGUAAUAAUAACAAAAAAGAAAGUAAAAAUUUUUCUAGUUUUGGAAAAGCUGUUGUUACUAAUGUUAAUAUUGUUUCGGGGGAUGGAAAUGGUGAAAAUAGUAAAAUUCAGUCAGAAGAUUAUAAUUCGAAAAUUAGUCUUGAUGAAGACUUGAAAAAAAAUGAUUUUAUUGCGCAGUCGUUACUUGAAAGAAUUAGAAGUAAUAAUAUGUACUCUGUUAAUUCUACGUAUGGAGAAGACUAUCAGUUUUUGUCGUGUCAAGCUCAACCUUUUUUGCAGCGGAUAUCAAUCAUUGGGGAAUUUUUUUAG